AUGGGUGGUCUAGUUCUUUAAGAAAAUCUAUUUAUGUUUUUGUAGUUAUUACAUCUAAUAGAAAACAAUAUAUUUAUUCUUUAGUUGAUGAAUCAGCAAAUUUCAUACAGGUUUUAAUUUUAAUUGAUUCUAAAAAAUUUGUUGCUGUUGUUUCAGAUGCAGAAUCAGCUAUGCAAUUAGCAAAACAAAUAAUUUCUACUAAAUAUCCUUAUAUUUUACCUAUAAGAUAUAUAGCUCAUCAUAUUAACUUUAUAACCUCUCAUAUUAUUAAAUUAGAUUUUACUAAAGCUGUUUUUAAAAA